AUGGAUGGCUUAGAAACAUUUGAACUUGAGUUAAAAUCAAUUUUGAGUAAUCCUUUACCAUUGACCAAGUCAAAAUUGGCAUCGGUUGUUGCUUCAGCUAUAAGGGCGGUCAAGUAUUAUAAACAUGUUGUUCAACUAGUUGAAAAAUUCAUCGUUAAUUGUCCAGCAAGUCAUAAAGUAUUGGGCCUGCUCAUCAUUGACGCAAUUAUACGUCAUUCUAAGGGCAUUAGCGGCGCUGAUGUAUAUAAGCGUCGUUUCAUAAGAAAUAUCGACACGUUAUUUCUCGCAAUAUUGAAAUGUCUUCCUGUUGAUAAACCAUUAAUUUUUCGAAUCCUAAAAAUCUGGCGAGAGGAAAUCGUAUAUCCUGUUGAUCUCAUAAUAGCGCUCCGUGAAUUGGUUGAUAAUCCUUCUGAUCCGGAUUUACAAGAUACAGUUCGACAAGUUAUUUCUCAAAUUUUAAAUUCUUACGAGUCAAGACGUCUCGCUCAAAGUAAAGAACAACUAGCUAGCAAGGAAUAUCUCCAGCUGACUUAUCAGUGGUUAGAGAGGAAGAUUCGUGAGCAGUUGGAAUCUUCUGCUCAAUGUUCUGUAAUAAGUGCCGCCGUUGUCAAUCGGCUUCAGUCGGUCUUGGCUUGUAUUGAGAACCAUCCCGAAUUGGAUAAAACAUACCACUCUCAGGUCAAAUCUAUUGUGGACGCACUGGCCGAGAAUAGAGCAAUUGAAGAAGAACUAAACCAGCUCGGUAAUUCUGCGUCUAACCAUCUCAACAAUAGUGGAAAUCACAAUAAUCACCUGUCAAAAACUGUAAAUCGUCGGGCGGAUGAAAAUCCUCCCCCUAACGAAAACCCAUUGGAGGAGCGGCUAAGAGGCCUUGCUUCCGCUCCUUUUUUAUCGAACAACAACGCAUCGAAUCACAAAAGAAAUCAUGGAUUACCUCACCAAGAACUCGUGCCUGUUUCACAACAGCAAGCACCUGAGGAGAUCUCGUCAAGAAAACGUCCAAUGCGGCAGCAACCGCAUGCCACACCCACCUCUCUUGUCUAUGAUACAAAUGUCUCUUCACCGCCCUUUAAGCGCAACAAAAUUGACCGUUUCCAUUCAUCAUCGAUUUCCUCAUUGUCAACCGUGUCAUCGGGAUCCGAUGAUAUAUCUCCAGUAAUGAAGAUUUCUCCCCCGGCACCAGUACAAGCAUCAGAUGUAACAGCCACUACUACUGUGUCACCACAACUACAACCCACCACCACAGAUGAGACAGAGCAGUUCCUCAUUGGUCGUAUUUCAGGAGGAGGUGGGGAAACCUCGUCGGAAAGAAGGGAACAUCGCCGCGAACGCGAUGCUCUGCCUGAGCUACGUGAGGGUCAUAUUUCUCUAGUCUCACGAACUCUCUACAUCGGGCGACUGCACAAACAGCUAGCAGAGACCCGCCUCCAGAGUGUCUGCGAAAAAUCCGCUCACGCACGUGUCCUUGACUGCCUCCUUAUUCCUCCACGUGGUUGUGCUUUCGUGACCUUCGAAACCCGAGCAGCAGCCGCCCGGGCUCGGCAAAACCUUUCUCGAACCCCCAUUGAGUCACGUACUGUCAAGGUAGCCUGGGCAGCCAAUCUAGGUGUGAGACGAGCUCAACUUCCUCAUUGGAAUGAGGCUGCUGGAUGCACCUACUUGCCUCUUGAUGUAGUCUCCACUAUGACCCCGACAGCGUUUCGAGCUUUGCUUGAGGGAUAUGCCUUAAUUGAUGCGGAAUCAAUGCCAGAGGAGUUGAGAAGAAGACUACUUGUCACACCCCCAAAAGCAUCUGUGCCAACGACGAAGUCGAUACCUCAGCAACAACCGUCUGAAAGCACCGAACCUCUUUUGCCAUCCCCAACCACCUUAACAUCGGGUCAGACUAAGGCUCCGCUUCUACUUUUUGCGAAUUCUGGUGCUCCGGUUGUAUCUGGUCAAUGUCUUAAUGCCCCAGUCUCAGCAGUCCCUAUUUCAUCAUAUGGAGUCGCACAACAUCCUUCAGUUCCGCCUACAAUGGUGCAACAUUACAAUGCUACUACUGUUGGCAUGGUGUUGCUUCCGCCACCAGCAAUGACCAAUGUCCCACCACAUACUAGUGGCGGUGGUGGUAAUCUUCAACCCCUUCCCACUCCUGGAACCCAUCCCUUGACAGCUCCGCCGCCACCACCAUUUCUUGGACCUCCGCCCCCACAGCCACCUACAAAUGCUACUAUUGCUGGUCCGGUUAUGGGAGGAAUGCCACCGCAGACUUACCCUUAUCAACAGGAUACACAGCACCACCAUCCAGGACCCUGGACGACUUCGCAUCCUCCACCACCUGCGGGCCAAAAUCCGAUGCGUUAUCCCAAUGCUCCUUAUGCAAUGGACCGUCCAUACUCUCAAGGCAAGUGUCCUGGAAGUUCAUCGAUGCCGCCACGUUGGCCAAUGCCCCCUCGCCAAUACCCUCAUUCAAACCAGGGCUGCAGCAUGGCUAAUGGGUCUGGCCACCCUCCUCAGAACCAAUACCGACACCCUCCACCACCAUUUGGUGUUAAUCCAGGGUGCUCAAGACCAAGCGGUCGUCUUCCUCCCUACCGUCCUCCCCCUUUUCCUCUACAGCAGCAAUAUAGAACACCUCGUCCCCGAUAG